GCAAAAGGCUGGGACUUUACUCCGGCGGCGGAGAAGGAGUCCGUGCUCCAUCUGCUGCCGCAACCGCCGCGCCCGAGCCUGAGCCACGAUGAGCGGCAGAGUCGGCGACCUGAGCCCUAAGCAGAAGGAGGCACUGGCCAAGUUUCGGGAGAAUGUCCAGGAUGUGCUGCCCACCCUGCCGAAUCCAGAUGACUAUUUUCUUCUGCGCUGGCUCCGAGCAAGAAGCUUUGACCUGCAGAAGUCCGAGGCCAUGCUUCGGAAGCAUGUGGAGUUCCGAAAGCAAAAGGACAUUGACAACAUCGAGAGCUGGCAGCCUCCAGAGGUGGUCCAACAGUAUCUGUCCGGGGGUAUGUGUGGCUACGACCUGGACGGCUGCCCGAUCUGGUAUGACAUCAUUGGACCUCUGGAUGCCAAGGGUCUGCUCCUCUCAGCCUCCAAACAGGACUUACUCAGGACCAAGAUGCGGGACUGCGAGCUGCUUCUGCGGGAGUGUGCCCGCCAGACGGAAAAGACAGGGAAGAAGAUAGAGACCAUCACCCUGAUUUACGACUGUGAGGGGCUUGGCCUCAAGCAUCUCUGGAAGCCAGCUGUGGAGGCCUAUGGAGAGUUCCUCUGCAUGUUUGAGGAAAAUUAUCCCGAAACACUGAAGCGUCUUUUUAUUGUUAAAGCCCCCAAGCUGUUUCCUGUGGCCUAUAACCUCAUCAAACCCUUCCUGAGUGAGGACACUCGUAAGAAGAUCAUGGUCCUGGGGGCGAACUGGAAGGAGGUUUUACUGAAAUAUGUCAGCCCUGACCAGCUCCCCGUGGAGUAUGGGGGCACCAUGACUGACCCUGAUGGAAACCCCAAGUGUAAAUCCAAGAUCAACUACGGGGGCGACAUCCCCAAGAAGUAUUACGUGCGAGACCAGGUGAAGCAGCAGUAUGAGCACAGUGUGCAGAUUUCCCGGGGCUCCUCCCACCAAGUGGAGUAUGAGAUCCUCUUCCCCGGCUGCGUCCUCAGGUGGCAGUUCAUGUCGGAUGGUUCGGACAUCGGUUUCGGGAUUUUCCUGAAGACCAAGAUGGGGGAGCGGCAGCGGGCAGGGGAGAUGACGGAGGUGCUGGCCAACCAGAGGUACAAUGCCCACCUGGUCCCUGAGGAUGGGACCCUCACCUGCAGCGAUCCUGGCAUCUAUGUCCUGCGGUUUGACAACACCUACAGCUUCAUUCAUGCAAAGAAGGUCAGUUUCACUGUGGAGGUCCUGCUUCCAGACAAAGCCUCAGAAGAGAAGAUGAAACAGCUGGGGGCAGUCACCCCAAAGUAAUGCCUUCUCCCACAGCAGGCCUGGCUCCCUCGGUGUCUCCCUGUCAGUUUCUACCCCUUGUAGCAGUCAUCUUCCCAGCACUCUGACGCCCAGAGAAACUGGGCUAGAAGAAAGACCUCGGGGCUGGAUCUGGGGAGCCUUCAUUUCAGAAUUAGGAAGAGGGAGAGUAGCUGGAGUGGGUCUCCUUACCUCUCAAAUUACUAAGGAUUCCUGAGGGGCUGGGCAUCAUGGCAGAGUCUAUCUUGUAAGCUGUGCCAACUUCACCUAUCCAGUGACAGUUGAGACAGGAAAGGGGGUACCAUGGGGUGGCAGCAGGAAAGAAAUUAGGAAAAGGGGAGAGACUGAGACCUAACACCUCAGGGAAACCAGCUGCAGGGGAGGAACUUGCUCCCUAGUAAACGUGUAAGUCUGGAUCAUAAUGAGGAGUAGAAAGAUGGCCAGUUGCUAAUGAUGGUGGGGGUCAGAGGCUCUUCUGGACUUUCUACUACCAGGGCUGGGGUUUUUUGGCUUUACCCAGGUCUCGGGAGGUGGCCCAAGUUGGCAUAGAUCUUCCCUUUCAGAGGCAGACAGGCAGACCUCUCCCUCACCUUGAGGAAUUCAGCAACUCCUGGGUCUCUCUGGCUGCCUCUUUAAUUACUAGUGAUUGUCCGUGACUCAGAGCUUCCUGGGGCAGUGAACUUUGGUACCCAGCCACUGUCCUCCAAUGCAAACAAAGCACGAGGAAGUUACCUCCUGGGAUCCCAGGUCUGUGAAGGGCCAAGGAGGCUGGGGGUGGGUCUGAGUUCUGAGGCUUCCACUCCUGUUUUCAGUACUGCCUGCCUCUCACCAAGUAACUCUCCACUUCAGCACCCUACACAAAAAUGACAAGGGGGAUCAAGACAGUAGAUCUCAGUGAGGGCGUUUCCCAGGCUGAGUCUCCCACGGUGCCAACAGCCCGCUUCCUGACUGACCUGAGCAAGGCCUUAGCAGUCCCGUCUCUGGGAGGCGUAUGAUGGGUGCAGUGGGUUCCUGGUGUCUGCUGGGGAGGCUGCCCGGUAGGAAGCCAAAGACCAGGCAAGCAACGGGCAGAACCAGGGGCUGGGAGCAGCCACAAAGAGCGUCGCAGGCCCCCAGCCCUUCCGUCCACGGUGACAAGCAGGGAUGGCCAUGGGGAGGCGCUCAGCGACCAGGGGCUGGAGGGCACGGACCCUGUGCGCAAUCAGCUCUUAACCCAAUUUCACAUCCUGCAAACGAACACCAGGCCCUGGCCCAGCCUGGGGAGAUGAGCUGGCGAAGCUGAAGGAGCGGGGGCAGGGGCAAGGCUGGCGUUGACAGGAGGGCACGAGGCCGCACGGGCUCUCCCAGACUCCUCAGGAGGACAUCCUAACUUCGGUUUACAAUGGUCUGUUAGGAAAAUUAACCAGUGAAUAAAGCAACGAUCAGCGCGCA